AAAUCAAGGAGAGAGAUGAUAAGAUUUGGAAGAUAAAAAGAGGAGUUAAAUUGUAAUGAUUAAUAUUUGAAUUCAUCUUAAAUUGAAUGUUACUUUACCAGUUAUCCAGGUUUGGUUAACAUUGUUAAUUGUGAUCAUAACUUUUUGCUUGUUCAAGAAUUUGAUUUGCUGAAUUGUCAGAAUGGCAGGUAAAUUUGAAUAUCUUCCCGAAGAUUUGAGAAAUCAGUUGACUCAAACAGCCUUACAAUUGGUAACCAAAGGUAAAGGUAUUUUGGCCACUGAUGAUUUACCAGGUGAUAUUGAUAAGAGAUUUGUUGGAUUUGGUAUUCCAAUUGGAGCGGAGAGUCGACGAUUUUAUCGGCAACUCUUGUACACAUCACCGGGAAUCGAGAAAUAUAUUAGCGGUGCCAUAAUGUACGAUGAGACCGUUUAUCAUAAAACGAAUGACGGAGUCCCUUUUCCCGAAUAUCUGCUGUCCAAAGGUGUUUUAUCUGGAGUUCAGGCUGAUUUGGGUCUUGUCGAUUUACAAGGUUUUCCAGGUGAGACCGCAACUCAAGGUCUCGAUGAUUUGAAAGCUCGUUGUCAAAACUACUACAAUUUGGGAAUACGUUUUGCUAAAUGGCGAGCGGCUUUUUCAAUAACCGACACCACACCCUCGUCAUUGGCCAUUCAAGAAAAUGUCCACACACUUGCCAGAUACGCUCUGUUGUCCCAACAGGCCGGUUUAGUGCCAAUCGUUGAGCCUGAUGUCUCAAUUCAAGGUAAUUUCACUUUGGAUCGAUGCCAAAAGGUAAUGGAAGAGAUUUGGUCAGCAACUUUUAAGGCUCUUGUUGACCAUCACGUUCACUUGGAAGGUGUUAUCCUUAAGACCAACAUGGUACUUCCAGGUCGCUCAUCUAACGAACAAGUCACCGCUGAACGAGCUGCUAUCGCCACAGUUGAGGCUUUAUCACGAACUGUUCCUCCCGCUGUUCCAGGAGUCGGCUUUCUAUCAGGAGGUCAAUCUGAGGAGGAAUCGUCGAUAAACUUGAACGCCAUCAAUCAAGCGCCAGGACCUAAACCAUGGGCUCUAACUUUCUGCUAUGGACGCGCUCUUCAGGCCAGUGCUCAGAAUGUCUGGUCCACUAAUCAUUCAGAGAUUGUUGCAGCUCAGGAAAUCUUCAUCAAACGAUGUGAAGCAAACAGUUUGGCUUCUUUGGGUAAAUAUAUUCCAGGGUCAAUUCCAACAUUUGCUUAAAACUAAUCAAGCUAAUUGUUAUCACGAGAAUGAGAUGAAACCAUGAAAUCGCUGUAACCAUGGGAAUAAAUUCAUUCCAAUGACCAUUUAAAACUAAACAACGAAAUCGAAUCGUUUGAUGAUCAUUUCGAUUUCAAUCUAAAUGAAAAAAAAACUAAAAUAACAAAAGUUUUCGAAUUGCAAAUAAAAAAUUAACACUAA